UAUCAGCGUACGGUUCAUUGCCUACAAGGAUGUGCAGUUCACGCUGCUCACCAUUUGCUUUUGCUCGAAAUCCCGCCAAAGAAAACCCUGGUCAGAACAUUUCCCGGGAAUUCCCGCCUUCUUUGACGCCUAUAUUCUUCCUUGCCCAUGGAGGGGACAUCGAGGCCCCUUCACUUUUUACUCCCUUACACUUUCAAGAAAAAGUAAUCACACUAUAACUUGCUAAUUCUUUCCCACUUGUUCUUUUUUUUUUUUUUUUUUAAUUUUUUAAAACUUUUAGCGAUUAACAAUUAAUCGGAAAAAAAUGGCAUCGUCGCGUCGGCAGAGCAACGGUAGGUCACCGCUCGUUAAUCAACAGCGCCAUAUUACUUCCUUUUUCUCUAAAACGAACUCUCCUUCCCCCUCCCCUUCCCCCACUUUCGCCAAACAAACCUCUAAACUCAACCCUAACCCUAAACCAAACCGGAGUCCUAGUAAAAGCCCAAGCCCCAGCCUGAUCACUCCUUCCCCUGCUCAAUCCAAGCCCAAAAAGCCCCUCCUAGUUAUUGGCCAAACACCCUCCCCGACUCCCUCGACUCCGGUCGAGAAAUCGUACGGCAAAGAGGUGCUCGAGAAGAGGAUCAGGGUUUACUGGCCGUUGGAUAAGGCGUGGUAUGAAGGUGUGGUGAAGUUUUUUGAUAAGGAAUCGGGUAAGCAUUUGGUUCAGUAUGAUGAUGCUGAGGAAGAAGAGUUGGAUUUGGGAAAGGAGAAGAUUGAGUGGGUUAAAGAAAGCACGGGAAGGCUUAAGCGGUUGCGUCGAGGGGGUACUUCUUCGGCUUUUAAGAAAGUGGUGAUUGAUUUUGAGGAUGAGGAUGUGGCAGAGAAUGGAGAGGAAAAGAGUAAUGCUGAUGAUGAUGAUUCUAGUGAUGAAGAUUGGGGGGAGAAUGUGGCGAAGGAAGUGAGUGAGGAUGCUGAGGAGGAAGAUAUGGAUUUGGUGGAUGAGAAAGAGGAGGAAGAAGAUGAAGAAUUGGAGGAAGAGGAGGAGGUAAUGAAAAUGUGGAAAAGAAAAGGCGGUGGAAAGACCGAAUCUAAAAAACGGAAGGCCUGCGGAGGAGGAGGGAAAUUGGAGUCUGGCAAAAAGAGUAAGACCGGUGCAAGUGUUGGUAAUAAGGAAGAGUUUAAGCUGCCUUUGGUGGAACCUGUGAAGAAAACAGAAAGUGAUAAGGCUUCUAACGGUUUUGAUAAUGCUUUGGUGGGUGAAGCAUCAGAAAGGUUCGGCAAGCGUGAAGCAGAGAAGUUUUACUUCCUUGGACCCAAGGAGCGUAGGGAUGUGAAUAGAAAACGUCCUGGAGAUAUAAACUACAAUCCGAAAACUUUAUACAUGCCUCCUGAUUUCUUGAAGAGCCUAUCAGGUGGCCAGAGGCAAUGGUGGGAAUUUAAGUCAAAGCAUAUGGACAAAGUUCUGUUUUUCAAGAUGGGUAAAUUUUAUGAACUUUUUGAAAUGGAUGCACAUAUAGGAGCCAAAGAACUGGAUUUGCAGUACAUGAAGGGGGAACAACCUCACUGUGGAUUUCCAGAGAGAAACUUCUCUAUGAAUGUGGAGAAAUUAGCUAGAAAGGGUUAUCGAGUUCUUGUAGUAGAGCAAACAGAAACUCCUGAACAGCUGGAGCUUCGUCGGAAAGAGAAAGGUGCCAAGGAUAAGGUUGUCAAACGUGAAAUAUGUGCAGUGGUUACUAAAGGAACCAUAACUGAGGGAGAAAUGCUGUCAACAAAUCCUGACCCUUCUUACCUGAUGGCAGUGACUGAAAACUGUCAAAGUUCAACCAACCAGAAUGAGGAGCGGGUUUUCGGUGUGUGUGCAGUUGAUGUUUCAACUAGCAGGAUUAUUCUUGGACAGUUUGGGGAUGAUUCUGAGUGCAGUGCAUUGUGUUGUCUAUUGGCUGAGCUAAGGCCAGUAGAAAUUAUAAAACCCACUAAACUGCUCAGUUUUGAAACUGAGAAGGCAAUGCUGAGACAUACAAGAAAUCCCUUAGUGAAUGAGUUGCUCCCAUCUGCAGAAUUUUGGGAUGCAGACAAAACUGUUCAUGAAAUCAAAACCUUCUACAAGCGUAUCAAGGAUCAAUCAGCUGCUAGGUCUGUUAGUGAUGUGGGUCCAAAUGAUGCUAAUUCUUCUGAGGAAGAUAGGCCAGGUUGCCUGCCAGCUGUCCUUUCCAAUCUACUGAGUGCUGGUGCAAAUGGCAGCCUAGCACUCUCAGCUCUUGGAGGCACUCUUUAUUACCUAAAACAGGCUUUUCUAGAUGAGACAUUACUUAGAUUUGCGAAGUUUGAGUCACUUCCAUCCUCUGGUUUCAGUGGCACUGCUCCAAAACCCUACAUGUUUCUUGAUGCUGCUGCACUCGAAAACCUUGAGAUCUUUGAAAACAGUAGAAAUGGAGACUCUUACAGGACACUCUAUGAACAAUUGAAUCACUGUGUGACAGCAUUUGGGAAAAGGUUGCUAAAAACAUGGCUUGCUAGGCCAUUAUAUCAAAUAGAUUUAAUUAAGGAACGUCAAGAUGCUGUAGCGGGCCUAAAGGGUGAAAAUCAAUCAUAUGCAGUUGAAUUUCGAAAGGCAUUGUCCAGGCUUCCUGACAUGGAGAGGUUGCUUGCACGUAUCUUUGCUAGCAGUGAGGCUAAUGGAAGAAAUGCAAAUAAAGUUAUUUUAUAUGAAGAUGCUGCAAAGAAACAACUCCAGGAAUUCGUAUCAGCACUACGCGGUUGUGAAUUAAUGGUUCAAGCAUGUUCUUCCCUUGGUGUCAUUUUGGAAAACGUGGAGUCUACACAGCUUCAUCAUUUGUUAACAGCUGGUAAAGGUCUUCCAAAUAUCCAUUCUAUUCUUAAGCAUUUCAAGGAUGCGUUUGAUUGGGUUGAUGCCAACAAUUCUGGACGUAUAAUACCUCAUGAAGGAGUUGAUCUGGAAUAUGACUCUGCAUGUGAAAAAGUUAAGGAGAUUGAAUCUAGUUUGACAAAACACCUCAAGGAACAGCGGAAGUUACUUGGAGAUUCAUCAAUCACCUAUGUCACAGUUGGAAAAGAGGUAUAUCUAUUGGAAGUGCCAGAAAACUUGCGUGGAAGUGUCCCUCAGGAUUAUGAGUUACGAUCAUCCAAAAAGGGCUUCUUCCGUUACUGGACUCCAUAUAUCAAGAAGUCCCUAGGAGAACUGUCGCAAGCUGAAUCCGAAAAGGAGACUGCUUUAAAAAACAUUCUCCAGAGGUUACUUGGACGAUUUUGUGAGGAUCACAAUAAAUGGCGGCAGCUAGUUUCAACAACAGGAGAACUGGAUGUAUUGAUCAGUCUAGCAAUUGCAAGUGAUUUUUAUGAAGGGCCAACAUGUCGUCCUUUUAUCCUGGGCUUUUCAUGUUCAAAUGAAGUGCCAUGCUUUUCUGCAAAAGGAUUAGGACAUCCUAUUCUCAGAAGUGAUUCUUUAGGCAAGGGUGCAUUUGUCCCCAAUGACAUCACUAUUGGGGGUUCUGGUCAUGCAAGUUUUCUCCUUCUUACUGGUCCUAACAUGGGUGGAAAGUCAACUCUUCUUCGCCAAGUUUGCUUGGCUGUGAUUUUGGCCCAGGUAGGAGCUGAUGUCCCUGCAGAACAUUUGGAACUAUCUCCUGUUGACCGAAUCUUUGUCCGGAUGGGUGCCAAAGAUCAUAUUAUGGCAGGACAGAGUACAUUUUUAACAGAGCUUUCUGAGACUGCAUUAAUGCUGUCCUCAGCAACUAAACAUUCACUCGUGGCAUUAGAUGAACUUGGACGUGGAACAUCAACGUCUGAUGGACAAGCUAUUGCGGAAUCAGUUCUUGAACAUUUUGUACAUAAGGUGCAGUGCCGAGGAAUGUUUUCAACUCAUUACCACCGACUGGCUGUGGACUAUCAGAACAAUUCCAAGGUCUUUCUCUGCCAUAUGGCAUGCCAAGUUGGAAAUGGAAAUGGAGUUGAAGGCGUGGAAGAAGUUACAUUUCUCUACAGGUUGACCACUGAUGCCUGUCCAAAAAGUUAUGGUGUGAAUGUUGCACGAAUAGCUGGGCUUCCCGACUCAAUACUGCUAACAGCUGCUUCUAAGUCUAGAGAAUUUGAGGCUAUAUACGGGAAACACAGAAAGGAAUGUGAAGAUAACUUGCCGAUACAAAGUUGUCCUGAUAAGAUGGUAGCUAUUAUUCGAGAAUUGAUCAGCGUUACAGCGAAUGCAAGGAACUUAAACACUUUGGAAGGCACUUCUGUUGGCUCCUUGACUGAACUUCAACGUAGGGCAAGGACACUACUUCUGCAGCAACAUUGAUGGAACUUCUCAUUGUAAGUAGAAUGACAGCAAUUGGGGCGUAUCGUAUAGAUUAUUGAGAAUUUCUUUGGGGCUGCUACCGUAUUCUUAGUUUUGCCAGGUCAUUUAUUCCCCCAAUUUUGGACAUAGUGAUGUGAAUACGAUGCGACUACUCUCUUUUAACAUUUUCUGAAGUGUGGUUGGAAUGAGGAAACUAUGUUAGGACUAGUAGGGUUGACCGGCCUUUUGUAUAGUAA